AUGGGCGAGGACGGCAUAAAACUGCUUCAGCAGAGGCUGGCCGAACGAACCCGCGAACAUAAAGCAACGCGAGAAGCAGCCCAAGAGAGCAAAUUUCGUAAGCUGCCUGCUCCAACUUCAUCCAAGAACGACAAACUGGUGGACAACUUGUCGUCAAAGGAGCUGACGAAGGAACAAAUGCAGGUUUUACGGCAUGAGGCCUCAUUCAACAUAGCCGACGCCAAACCCUACAUUAUGAUUGCAGCAGUGGAAUCAAUCCUCAACCAGAAGGAAGCGACAGACAAAACGAAGAACCUCAUUCGACACCAAGUGUCCUUCCUCCUGAUGGCUCAUAGACCGCGCGACGUUUUUCAAGGUCGAGCGCGAUGCACUGAAAGAACGCAGGGACGACAACGACCUCGUUAUCGUGCCUGA